CGCCGCCCCGCUCUCUUCCCGCCGCCGCUUGCAGCUCCUCCUCCUUCUCGUCGUCGGCGAGGGCGCCUCGCUCUCCCUCUCCCGGCAGACGGCGGCGAAGGAGCAGGAGGAAGGGGGCGUCGUCGCGGACCUCGCAGCAGCUGCUCCAGCCGCCUCCUCGCACCUUCCUCGCCUGCCGCUCUGCCCCAUGGCGGAGUAGCUGCGCGCCCGCCUUUGCUGCCUUCGGGGCGGGGGGUGGGGGAGGGAGGAAGGGAGGGGAGGAGGUUGCCAAAGUGGGGGGAGGUCGCGUGCCGCCCCCUCCCUCGACAGCACCGCCGCUACUAGGACGACCACCGACGGCGCGCCACCUCCGCCCCCCCUGCCCCGCCAUGGCCUUCACCUUUGCCGCCUUCUGCUACAUGCUCACCCUGGUCCUCUGCGCUUCGCUCAUCUUCUUCGUCAUCUGGCAUAUAAUUGCCUUUGACGAAUUGCACAUGGACUUCAAGAACCCCAUCGACCAGGGCAACCCAGCCAGGGCAAGAGAGAGGUUGAAAAACAUCGAACGCAUCUGUUGCCUCUUGAGAAAGCUCGUCGUUCCCGAAUAUUCCAUCCAUGGCCUUUUCUGCCUGAUGUUUCUCUGUGCAGCUGAAUGGGUGACUUUGGGACUUAAUAUCCCGCUGCUUUUCUACCACUUGUGGAGGUACUUCCACCGCCCAGCAGAUGGCUCAGAAGUGAUGUACGACGCUGUCUCCAUCAUGAAUGCCGAUAUCUUAAACUACUGUCAGAAAGAGUCGUGGUGCAAACUGGCCUUUUACCUGGUGUCAUUCUUCUAUUACCUGUACAGUAUGGUUUAUACGCUGGUGAGUUUCUAACAGACACCCUUUGCAGGGUGGGGGGGGGACGCCCACCUCACCUGGACUACGAAGUUAACGUGCCAAGACUGUGUGGCAGGGUGGGACGGACCCAUGACAGGCCCGAGGGCCCCCCCCACCCCACUCCCAUGUCCAAAGCCAAUUAACGCUGCAAGACUGUCCUUUUCCUGGCUGCCUUGGACAAUGAUACUCUGCUGCCUCAUAUCGGAUGGCGGGGGGCCUGCCGUACCACCACCAACAACAAACCCCCCCCAGCCCCAGAAAUAACGACCGCCGGCUCUAUAUUUUGGAAAAGGAAGCCGGAGCCGGCCUCUCCGCCGAUGGACAACCCCGUUGCAAGAAGGGCCACAGCUGGAAUGGAGUUUUCGGUUGAGGGGUCCAGACAGUAUUGGGGUGCAGGGCACUAUGUGUAAAGCAGAACUAGGGGGUCUCUCCAGCUCCAUUUAUCUCCAGCUCUUGCUGGACAGGGAACCUUUUGUGUGUAUGUAUGUGUGUGUUCUUCUACUGCUUUGGGAUAUUUAUAUUUUAAAAAAAUAAAUCUGGGGAGAAGGUGUGUGUGUGGUGCACCCCACUCCCCAACUUCUUUCCAUGG